CCGUACUCGCUGUCCACAAAGCGCCAGCUGAGGGGCGGCUGCAGCCGGUGCGGCGGAGGCUGUCAGCCACUCUGCUGCUCCGCGGCCCUGCGCUCCCGGAAGCCGGAUUGCCGCGCGAGUCCUGUCAGUGCGAGCAACGCGAGACCUCUUCUCGCCGCUUGCGGAGAAGCACCGAACAGCCCGGCCUGCGUGCGGCGGCGACUUCCCGGGACCGGACCGGACCGGGUAGCGGAGGGCCAUGGCUGAGGCGACCGCCGCUCCGACUUCUGAAUGGGACUCGGACUGCCUUACACCCCUGCAGCCCCUUUCUCUUCCUACACCUCCAGCUGCAAAUGAGGCACACCUGCAGACUGCAGCCAUCUCCCUGUGGACAGUGGUGGCUGCUGUCCAGGCCAUAGAGAGGAAGGUGGAGGUCCACAGCCGGCGACUCCUCCACCUAGAAGGCAGGACAGGGACAGCAGAGAAGAAACUAGCCAGCUGUGAAAAGACAGUGACUGAGCUUGGGAACCAGCUGGAUGGCAAGUGGGCUGUGCUGGGGACCCUGCUGCAGGAGUAUGGGCUGCUGCAGAGGCGGCUGGAGAACCUGGAGAACUUGUUGAGAAACAGGAACUUCUGGAUCCUGCGGCUGCCCCCAGGUAUUAAAGGAGAUAUCCCAAAGGUGCCUGUGGCAUUUGAUGAUGUCUCCAUCUACUUUUCCACUCCAGAGUGGGAAAAAUUAGAAGAAUGGCAAAAGGAACUUUACAAGAAUAUCAUGAAGGGCAACUACGAGUCUCUCAUCUCCAUGGAUUAUGCCAUGAACCAACCUGAUGUCUUAUCUCAGAUUCAACCAGGAGAACACAGUACAGAUGCCCAACCAAGGCCAGAAGCAAGUGAGAUUCCUGCAGAUGCCAGUGAAGAGCCUGGCCUUUCAACCUCAGAUAUUCUGUCUUGGAUUAAACAAGAGGAGGAGCCUCAGGUUGGAGUUCCCCAGGAGUCCAAAGAGAAUGACCUGUACAAAGGCUCCUCCUAUGCUGAUGAAGAACUUGUCAUCAAAGCCGAAGACCUUGCCAGAGCCUCCUUGUGUCCUGAAGCUCCAGUAGCCUUCCCUGCGCCCCCACCACCAGCAGCCAAGGAUGCUUUUUCAGACGUAGCUUUCAAGAGCCAGCAGUGUGCACCCAUGACACCUUUUGGACGCGCAGCCACUGACCUGCCCGAAGCCUCAGAGGGACAAGUGACUUUUACUCAGUUAGGAAGCUACCCACUCCCACCUCCAGUUGGAGAGCAGAUGUUCUCAUGCCACCAUUGUGGCAAGAGUCUCAACCAAGACAUGUUAAUGACACAUCAGUGUAGCCAUGCUGCCGAACACCCCUUAACCUGUGCCCAGUGUCCCAAGCACUUUGCCCCACAGGUGGACCUCGGUAGCACCUCCCAGGACCAUGCCAGUGAAACACCACCCACCUGCCCUCACUGCUCCCGGACCUUCACUCACCCCUCACGACUCACCUACCACCUUCGGGUCCACAACAGUACUGAGCGCCCUUUCCCUUGUCCUGAUUGUCCCAAGCGCUUUGCUGACCAGGCGCGACUCACCAGCCAUCGGCGAGCUCAUGCUAGCGAGAGGCCCUUCCGUUGCCCACAGUGUGGCCGUAGCUUUAGUCUGAAGAUCAGUCUCCUGCUGCACCAGAGGGGGCAUGCGCAGGAGCGCCCUUUCUCCUGUCCUCAGUGUGGCAUUGACUUCAAUGGCCACUCUGCCCUGAUUCGUCACCAGAUGAUCCACACCGGCGAGCGUCCCUACCCGUGCACAGACUGUAGCAAGAGCUUCAUGCGUAAGGAACACUUGUUAAACCACCGGAGGCUGCACACAGGUGAGCGGCCUUUCCAGUGUCCGCACUGUGGCAAGAGCUUCAUCCGUAAACACCACCUCAUAAAGCACCAGCGCAUCCAUACAGGCGAGCGGCCCUACCCCUGCGCACUGUGCGGGAGGAGCUUCCGCUACAAGCAGACGCUCAAGGACCACCUGCGGACCGGUCACGGUGGAGGCUGUGCGGGUGAUAGGGACCCUUCCGCACAGCCACCAGACCCACCUGGUCCACUCUUAACUGCCCUGGAAACCUCUGGCCUAGGUAUUAGCACUGAGGGCCUAGAAUCUAGUCAGUGGUAUGGGGAAGGGAGUGGAGGGGUGGUUUUGUAGAUCUGUGGCCCGUUGAUUAUUUAUGUUCACAGCAGAGUGGAAGGCCCAGGAAAGAGCCGACAAGCUCCACAAUCCAUAGUAAUUAUCUGGUACACAGAGGAAUUUGGGGGUGUCUGCACUCAACUAGAGACAUACUUGUGCUUUGGAAGUCCACAACAGUACAAGAAUACCUUAUUUUGAAAACUGGAAGAGAAGUCAGCACCCAUGUCUUUCCAGAUACCACAAAAGGAGUUUGGGAAGCAAGAUUUGGCUUCUGAUCAUUCUGUCAGGAUAGCAGAGUGAGAGUAGACUGCCUCUAGGUAGAGACGGGUGCAUGGGAAGAGCCCCCCAAGCCUGAAGCCUGUCUUUAAUUCCUCAGUGAUGGGAUGACUGCUGGGGGAAUGUGUCUCUGAAACCAGCUAAGCUCUGUUCAUACCUGUGUAGUCACCUUCUCCUGAAACAUGGUGACUUGAGGCUGCCUUCCUAGGCCUAGAUUCUGUCUGCUAAUACAUUUUGUUUAAUGUUGGUGAACAAGAAAUCUGACUUUAAUAGCUUAUUGAAGGGGACAGUUCUUAGCUUUUACUAGCUUGAUUUGAAACAUUCUGACUCUUGUAGCAGCUUUUAAAAGGGUAGAGAACUUUACCAUAGCCCUGGUUAGAAAAUUAGGAAAAGAGUUUUCUCUCCAGGUAGGAGCUAAAGAUCCCAGAGAUCCCAGGCACAACAGUGAUAGCAGGACCUAAAAAUCUACCUGAAUCAUUAGUUUAGAGUCAUUUCUUAUCAAUUUAUCCCUUCUCUUUUCCUAGCCGAUGAUCAUGUUUUUCUAUUUCUGGUGUUUACUUCUCUCUCUCUCUCUCUCUCUCUCUCUCUCUCUCUCUCUCUCUCUCUCUCUCCCCCCCCCCUCCAAGGUCUUUCUGUGUAUCCUGGCCUAGAACUUGCUUCAUAGACCAGGCUGACCUUGAACUCACAGAGAUCUGCCUGUCUCUGCCUCAUGUUCUGGGUGCACCACCAUGCCCAACCUGAUUUUCUUUACAAUCCUUAGCAGCAAAAAUCAGCACUUCAAGGCAUCAAGCACUCUAGCAAGUGCUGCUGAGCUCAGGGCUUCUGUUCCCUUAGUAGUAUGAUGGCAGUAUUGUAAUGUGAUGCUCUUGAGGAAAGGAUUUGCAUCCCUGCCUGCUCCACCCUCACUGGCAGUGAACAGAAUGAAACCUCUCCUCAGUCACUGAGAGUUAAACAUCCUAUCUGUCUACCUGAUUGGUAAAUUUUUUUGAUUUUUCGCGACAGGGUUUCUUGUGUAGCUUUGGAGCCUAUCCUGGAACUCACUCAGUAGCCCAGGCUAGCCUCGAACUCACAGAGAUCCACCUGCCUCUGCCUCCCAAGCACUGGGAUUAAAGGAAUGUGCCAUCGCCACCCAACUUGAUGUGGUUGUUGUUAGACAGGGCUUCACUGUGUAGCCUUGGCUGGCCUGGAGCUCAGAGAUUUGCCUGCCUCUGCAUCUAGAGUGCUGGGAUUAAAAGCAUGUGCUAUCAUGCUCAGCCAUCUGUUGCACUUUGAGGGGUCAUGACUACUAUGCAUUCUGUUCUUGGGCACUCUUGGUCCUCUGAAAGCACCUGAACCUAGUUCUAUUCCUAAGUGUCUGUGUAACCAGCUAUGUGUCCUCUUCCUAUUUCAGCUCUCACAUUGUUAUCACCAAAAUGAGGCUGUUAAAAGAAAAGGUGGGCCUCCAGAAACUUUCUAAAAAGAAAGAAGAAUCUUGUGAUACAGUUCUUCUCUGCCAAAAUCCUGUCCUUCCUUUGGCUUCUGUCCAAACAAAGUCAAAUGAGGCAGAAAAACCAAAGCAGAGAAACUCAUGUAGAAACUUGGUGGAAGUCAGCUUGUCUUGUUCUGCUCUUAGUGGGUCCUGAAGUAGAAGACAGAGAAUGUAGAAGCCCUAUAUUUGGGACAGGAGCUGUUUAUCCCACAUUCCUUUGUUCCUCCAGAGUCUUCUGUAAUGUCUAGAAUGAGAUCUAGAACUGUUUAGACAUGGCACUUUCUGGAUAAGGAAGAGAAUGCUUUCUCCUGAUUACUAGGCCCAACCUUCAGUCUGCAUAGUUAGUGUACCCACAGUAGGAAAUGGUGUUUGCCUAGUUACUGUGCUCCUGCCAAAGUUCUGCCUGAACAUGCUGCUCUUCAGGAUAAUCACAUAUAGGAAACACUGUUUAGUGACAUUAAUAAUACCAAGGGUCCUGGGAGACAUAAGAAAUGUAUGUAAGACCUGGUCUGCUGUCAUAACUUUCAGUCUGUAGGCAGUGAAAAUCCCCAGGGGAUAGAUAAGACAGAUGAUGGCAGAACUGUGGUAUAUUGGGAUAAAGAGCUUAGCCAGAAUCUGGACCAUCCCACAGGAAAACUUGGAAAUUCUGAAAUGCCCAAAUCAGGUUCCAGCUUCAUUAAUGACCCAGUAGGGACUUGAAUGUGAGAUUUGCACCUGAAAAAGAAUGAAUCAAGGCAUUACACUCAGGGUGAUGGAAGGAUUUGCUAGAGCUGAAGAGAAGAUACCUACUGAAGCUUUGGUGUGGGGCUAGAUAGCAUCUGAAGUUCAUCUGAACUUAACAGAUUUACCAAGGACACAAAAGUUAAUGAGAGGCCUAUGUACCAGAGUGCUGCCGACGGAUCCCAAUGCCUGUUCUGUUAGGAGCCAUAGCCAGCAGGGGUCUAAAAUGGCUAAAAGAGAAUGUAGUUCAAAUACCAACCACACAAGAGCCAUAAAAUCAAAUAAAAUGGCAGGGCCAUUCCAGAAACUUGGAAGCAUAUGGAAUCAGUGCUAGUCCUUGGUGUGGCUCAAAGUAGGAACUUCAGUUGUUGUAUAGUCAAUUCUUCCAUUCAUCAGUCUCCUAUCAAAUAGAACCCAUUUGUUUGUUAAAGAUUCAAAAGUGGCUCAUUGGAAAUGUAAAGUCCAACAGAAAUUUUCAGCGGGUAGAAUCUCCUUGUCUACCUGGUGUCUUGAGAGAAACUAUACAUUUAACCCUAGAAUUAAAGAGGCAUUUGGGGCCUAGUGCUCAUGACCAGUUCCUGUAGGGAAGAGGAAACUCCAGAAAUGUCCUACUGAUCUGUCUGUUCCCUAGAUGAUGGCACAAAAACUCUUCCUCAGAGUGCAUCCAGGAGAUGGCUCUAACCAGAUUUACUCUUUACUUUCUGGAGUUUUCAUUGUCAACACUGAAUGAGCCUCUGGUUCAGCCACAGUAUGAAAAUAAAUGCAAGUUGGUCAAUUGUUUAUAAAGUAAAAGAAGAUUGAUCCUUUCCUACUUGGCAUUUGAUAAUGGAAACACCUUAGUCGUGAACUCCAGAGAGAGCCAUGCUCUACAUCACUUCCUUCAUUAAUAAACUACAAAGUUUCCGGUAGGGCUCCCCUAGGCUUCUCUUGAGAUGAUAUCCAUAUCUAUCUCAGCCAGUCCCCCUGACUUAUGAGACAAUAACAAAUAUUUCAGUCUCAAAAAGACUCACUGAAAAGAGUACCUAAGUUCAUGUCAAUGGGUUGGAAAUCCCAAGUUUAUGUCAUAUUUCUUGAGGAGACAGAACAUUCCUCCCCUCUUCUUAUGCCUUAGCUCCUUAGACAACAAAAAGCAGCCUCUGCAGCUGCUUGAGUAGCAAUGGGGCAUUUUCAGAUGAGGACCUGGUAUUGUUAUAUACAUAUCUAUUUGGAUACACACACACAUAUAUACACAUACAUACAUACAUGCAUAUAUAUUGGUUUUUUGAGACAGGGUUUCUCUAUAUAGCCUUGGCUGUCCUGGAACUUGCUCUGUAGAUCAAGCUGGCCUUGAACUCAGAGAUCCUCCUGCCUCUGCCUCCCAAGUUCUGGGAUUAAAGGCAUGUGUCAUUGGAUGGAUAUUUUUGAUUGCUCAUUUCACCCUGGUUCUCUGUAGCAAAGGGGUAGUCUCUUAUCAUAUGGGGUGUAUACAACAGGCUGUUCUUUUGGCAAGUUUCAGGUUCCUAUAAACAAGAUAAUUAGGAGUUCAAAAUUAGGGACUGGAGUGAUAUCUCAGUAAAGUGCUUGCUAUGCAAGCAUGAGUAUCUGAGUCUAAUCCCUAGAACUCGUGAAAAAUCUAGAACCAAUGCCACGGGCUUGAAUCCCAGCACUGGGGAGGCUCUUGCUGGCCUGUCACCUGGCUUAAUUGGUAAGUCUCAGGUCAAUAAGAGACCCUGUCUCAAAGAACCAAGUGGCUCCUGAGCAAUGACUCCCAAAGUCCUCUGGUCUCCACAUCAAAGUAUAACACACGCACGCACACGCACGCACGCACGCACGCACGCACGCACGUCAGGUUGAUUGGGGGUGGAGCUAAGGAGGGUAUAGGGACUCAAUGCUCGUCAUCAUCCGUACAGUAUUAAUGGCUAGGAGCAGAGCUUCUGAUGUCAGACCUAGAUUCAAGUCUCAAGUAAUAUAACAUUAUUUUACCUUCUGAAGACCUUGUUUCCUUAUAAGGUAGUGGGAAUGCUUCCUGUAUCUCAGAUGUGGUAAGGCUUAAGAACCCAUGACACAACAUUUUACAGAACCAAUCUGAAAGGUGAUCACAAGCUGCACUGGAAAUGGAAGUGUUAAGAGCCAGGGUCUGGCCAGGUGUGAUGGUUCACACCUGUUGUCCUAGCACCUGGGAAGCUGGGGCAGCAGGAUUGCUGAGGAUCCUAGGCCAGCCUAGGUUACAUAGGAAAACCCUGUUUUUAAAGGGGAGAGGGAACUUGUGUUUAGUUCCCAGCACCAACAUGGUGGCUUACAAUUUUAACUCCAGUUUCAAGGGAUCUGGUCCCAUCUUCUGGCCUCUACAGACACCAGACAUACAUGUGGUACAUAUAUAUACAUGUAGGCCAAACACUCAUUCACAUAAAAACAAGCAUCUUGCCGGGCGGUGGUGGCGCACGCCUUUAAUCCCAGCACUCGGAGGCAGAGGCAGGCGGAUCUCUGUGAGUUGGAGGCCAGCCUGGGCUACCAAGUGAGUUCCAGGAAAGGUGCAAAGCUACACAGAGAAACUCUGUGUCAAAAAACAAAACAAAAAACAAAAGAUGGGGUUUUUUUUGGUUUCUCUGUGUAGCUUUGCACCUUUCCUGGAUCUUGCUCUGUAGACCAGGCUGGCCUGGAACUCACAAAGAUCUGCCUGCCUCUGCCUCCCAAGUGCUGGGAUUAAAGGUGUGUGCCACCACUGCCCGGCACAUAUUUUGUUUUAAAAAAAAAAAAGAUUGCCCACAGAAGUACAUGACCCCUAGCUGGCUCAGCCUUUUGCUACCUACCAUCUUUUUCAUAAAUUUAGUAUGAUCUCUUACUGAUUAUUUUCCACAUCUACCAGCCCACAUAAGUUUCUGAUGCCACAACCCCAUUUGGCUCUGAUUCUCACUUGAUUUUUCUUCUUUUUCCUCCUCUUAAAAUUUUUUUUAGAUUUUAUUUUAUGUGUCAGUGUUUUGUCUGCAUGUGUGUAUGUGCAUCAUGUGUGUGCCUGGUGCCUGCAGAGGUCAGAAGAGGGUGUCAGAUUCCCUAGAACUGGAGUUAUGAAUGAUUGCAAGCCACUGUGUGGGUGCUGGGAAUUGAACCUGGGUCCUCUGCAAGAGCAACAAAUGCUCUAAACCACUUUGUUUUGUUUUUUAAACUUCAAAAGCAGAUUCUGUAAUUAGGUUGGCAGUAAACAUAUUGGGGCACCAUGCUGAUCAAUACAGACUCGGGCAAUCCUCAGUUUCCCAUGUUCCAAAAGAAAGACACCAAAAUGAAGGAGUGACAGCUGCUGACAGUGUGAGGACCAAGUUCCAUCCCCUCGGGAAUCUUGAUUUCCCUGUCCAGUCCCACAUGGCUGGCUCAUUCUGUUGCUUUUCAUGAAGUCAAAGCUGGACUUUGCUAAACCACUGUUUUAAAACAAAGAAUUUUAGGGCAGUGGUGGGACACACCUUUAAUGCCAGCACUCUGGAAGCAGAGGCAGGUGGAUCUCUGUGAGUUCGAGUCUAGCCUGGUCUACAGAGCUAGUUCCAGGACAGCCAAGGCUACACAAAGAAAACUCAAAAAAAAAUUUAAAAUAUAUUCUUUUAGAUAUUUCUCAGUUUUUCUUAGAUUCUAUAAUUGGGAAAUCUGGCCCAGUUCCUUUUCCCAUGCUCAUUCUAACUCAGUCAGCUACAGUCAGCAGUAAAAUUCCUCUGGUCCCUGUACCAGGAUCUGUGAACCUCAUAAACAUGUCCAGGAAUGGGAACCAUACAGCAGUUUAGUGCUGCCAGAGGGGACAGGAUCUCUGUUUAAUGCUUAUUGAGCUUUCUUCAAAUAUUUCUAUUUCACCAAUACGAUCAUAAGACCAACACUUAGUGUCCUUGCUGAGAAUACCUGGAAGAUGCCGUUUGUCUUGUGAAAGGAGUCACUUGCCACCUGAAGUCAAGGGAGGGAGAGGUAGUAUCCUUUUCUGACCCUGCUCCUGUUUUCAUUUGUUUGUUUAUUAGAGACAAAGUCUCACUGUAUAACCCAGUUGGCCUCAAACUCACAAUCUCUGCUCAGCUUCCCUGGAGAAGGGAUUACAGAUGAGUGGACCAUGCCUGACUCUUCAUGCCCCCACCCCACAUUUCCUCCUUUUUCUUUUUGCUUUUUUGAGACAGGGUUUCAUGUAUCCCAGGCUGGCUGCAAACUUGGUUUGUAGCCUAGAUUUCUCUGGACUUCUGCUCCUGCCUCUCCUUGGUUUUACCAAGUGCUAGGGAUCAAACUCAGAGCUUUGUGCAUGUCAGGCAAGCACUCUACCAACUGAGCCACACCCCCCCCAGCCUCUUUUUCUUUUUAUAGAAUUGACCGCAGUCACAGAUAUGUGACGGCUUUGGUCAACUUGGUCGAUUAAAUGUCCCCUCCAUAUCAUGCCUAAGACCACCAAGGAAGGCUAACACUACAGUCUCAUCAGAACAACCUCAAAAACAGUGAUUCCGAAGUUCUCAUCUCAGUCGUUACAUUCCAAAUAAAGGGCUUGAUAAAACUUCA